AUGUUCAUUUCUAUCUAUCUCCAGCCUUUCUAUCUUAUUCUUUAUCUCUCUCUCUGUUCAUUUCUUUUAUCUCAGUUUGUUCAUUCAUCUAUCUCUCUCUUUCUUUCUUUUUGUCUUUCUUUCUUCUUUCUUUUCCCUAUCUAUCUUUCUUCUUGUUCUUUGAGUUCUCUCUAUCAUUCGUUCGAAUCUAUUCUUCCUAUCUAUCUAUCUCUCUUUUCUUUCUUUGACAUCCUUGUUGGAUUCUCAUUGAUUCUCUUUCUUUUUUUUAUCCUGUACCACUCUUUCUUUUCUUUGUCAGUCUUUUCUUUGAUUUCAUCUCUUGCAUUCUUUCUUAACUCAUGUUCUUCCGUUCACACCCUCAUUCUUUCUUUGCAAGUCUUUGAAAAUUCUUUCUUUGAUUCUCUUCUUCUAUUCUUUGAUUCUCUCUAUCAUUUCUUUGAUUAUUUCUAUUUCUCAUUUCCAAAAUAUAUUUCUCCUUUGACACAGUUUUCUUCUUUCUUGAACAUUCUGUUUUUCUUCUUUUCUUUUGAUUCUCUCUAUCAUUUCUUUUCGAUUAACAUGAGUUUCUUUCUAUCUUUCUAUGCUUUUCUGUUCUUUUCUUCUAUUCUAUCUAUCUAUCUAUCUUACUAUCUAUCUAUCUAUCUAUCUAUCUAUCUUUACCAUUUCUUUCUUCUUUCUUUCUUUGAUUCUUUCUUCUCCUUUGAUUCCUCUAUCUAUCUUUCUAUUAUUUCUUCCGUUCAUAUAUUCCUCUUUCUUUCUUUCUAUCUUCUUUCCUCUUUCUUUCUUUGA